UGCUCAGACGACCCGGGGUCGUUCAGUUCCAAUCGUCGACUUGCGCGGGAAGGUAGAAUGUCCGGACGUGGAGGCAAAGGCCGCAAGAAGUCCGUAUCGCGAUCGGCUCGCGCAGGAGUGCAAUUCCCCGUCAGCCGCCUUCAGCGCUAUCUCCGCCAGAGCGUCACCAAGCGCCGCAUCUCGGCAGUCGCGCCCGUCUACCUUGCCGCCGUGCUCGAGUAUCUUUGCGCCGAAGUCUUGGAGCUGGCCGGCAACGCCGCACGCGACAACAAAAAACAUCGCAUCAUUCCGCGCCACAUUCUACUGGCUGUGGCCAACGACGACGAACUUCAUGAACUAUUGAAGGGAGUGACUAUUUCGCAAGGUGGUGUGUUACCUCACAUACUUCCACAGCUCCUCAAGCGUAGAACUCCUCAAACGUUUUCCGUCCGCAACCCAAUGAGUCCGGCCCCACCGUCUCCCAAAUCUCCGAAGGCUCCCAAAUCUCCAGCAGCCGCCAAGAAGAAAGGAGGCAGACAGGCACCGAAGAAAGCUCCACCGAAAUCACCAGCGAAAGAUCAGACCGUAAGCGAAGAAGAUGAUACUUUGGCUCGUCGAGUUAAAGGUCAUGCUUCGGCGUCCAUCACUGUUCUAUCCGAAAAAGUGCUCUUUCUUGGACAGAAGUUGACUGUGAUUCAAGGCGAUAUUGCAUCGAUGGCUACCGAUGCUGUUGUUCAUCCUACGAAUAAUAGUUUCUUUCUCGGUGGGCAAGUUGGUGCUGCAUUGAAAGCUGCGGGUGGUGCCACAUUAGACAGAGACAUCACUGCCAGCCAGAACAGCCAUGGGACCUUGAAAGAAACACAAGCUGCCAUUUCUCGUGCCGGAGAUUUGCCAUCAUCCCAUAUCAUUCAUGUCCACUCUCCGUCGUGGGGAUCGGCCAACUCUGAGCCCAAUCUCGAAAAAACCGUGAAAAAUGCACUGAAAGUGGCCGAUGACAACAACCUGAAAACAGUCUCGUUCCCUUCCAUUGGCAGCGGACAGAAUGGUUUUCCUAAACAGACGGCUGCUCAGAUUAUUUUGAAAGCGAUCAAGACGUACUUUAUGGGUGUUAUGACCUCGUCGUUGAAGCAGAUCUACUUUGUGCUCUACGAUUCUGAGAGUAUCGGCAUAUACACUAGCGAGUUGGCCAAACUCGACGACGACUAGAGACAUCGAUUGUGCAACUUCAAGCAGUCAGUGCAUCGCAGAAUGAAUUUGAUUGACAUUUUAUACUUGAAAUUGUUGUUUGCCAUUUUUCUUAUUUUACUCAAAUUUUAUUGUUUAGCUGAUUUGUGAUACUAGAACUGAAUUUGUGGUGUCUUGGUU